AUGGUGAAGCAGACGAUACAGAUAUUUGGUCGCAUUAAACCCACUAGGAAAACCACGGCGGUGUACUCUGUGAACAAUGAGGAUCAGACAGGUGCUUCUGUGGAGUUUGUGGUGCCCAGGGACCUGGCUGAUGGCUUCAUUAACAACAAGAGGGAGCGCUAUAAGUUCAGGUUCCAAAAAGUGUUUGAUCAAUCAGUCAAACAAGAAGACAUUUUUCAAAACAUCGCCAAACCGGUGGCAGACAGUGUACUGGGUGGCUACAAUGGUACUAUAUUUGCCUAUGGCCAGACAGGCAGUGGGAAGACCUUUACCAUCACAGGAGGGGCAGAGCGUUACAGUGAUCGCGGCAUUAUUCCUCGCACCCUUUCCUACCUGUAUGAAUGCUUCAGUCAGGACAGCAGCGUGGUUUAUACUACACAUAUCUCCUACUUGGAGAUCUACAACGAGAUGGGAUAUGACCUUCUGGAUUCCCGACAUGAAGCCUCUCGACUGGAGGACCUACCAAAAGUAAUGAUCAUGGAGGAUCAUGACCAGAAUAUCCAUCUGAGGAACCUGUCACUGCAGCAAUCAGCAAAUGAGGAAGAGGCUCUGAAUCUCCUCUUCCUGGGUGACACCAAUCGAAUGAUUGCAGAGACUCCCAUGAACCAAGCAUCCACACGUUCCCACUGUGUUUUCACUGUGCACUUGUGCAGACGUGAGCCGGGCUCAGCGACCCUGCGGCGCUCCAAGCUCCACCUGGUGGACCUGGCCGGAUCGGACAGAGUUAGCAAGACUGGCCUGAAUGGGCAGCUGCUCACUGAGGCCAAGUACAUCAACCUCUCCCUUCACUACCUGGAGCAGGUGAUCAUCGCUUUGUCAGAGAAGAACCGCUCCCAUAUUCCCUACAGAAACUCCAUGUUAACGUCUGUGCUUCGGGACAGUCUUGGGGGCAACUGCAUGACCACCAUGAUUGCCACUAUGGCAAUUGACAAAAGGAACCUUGAUGAGUCCAUCUCCACAUGCCGCUUUGCUCAGCGCGUGGCUCUCAUUAAGAACGAGGCGAUAUUGAAUGAAGAACUGGAUCCUGCCCUGGUAAUAACACGUCUGAAAAGGGAGAUCGAGUCUCUGAAGGAAGAGCUAGCCAUGCUGACAGGAGAGCAGAGACAUGACCAGCUAACUGCAGAGGAGAUCCAGAAGUUGGAAGAGCUAGUCAGUGCCUUUCUGGAUGACCCUGAUCCAGGCGUGACACUGUCACUGGGGCCAGAUAUGAGAAAAAUCCAGUACUGUUUCUCCCUGCUGAAGGUAAUGAUUCUGGACAAGCAAGGUGGAGGAAACAAGCACAGUGAUGGCCAAGAGUCACCAGCAGCAACAGUGAGGGAAGAACUAAUUGAAGACGACCACCACAGUGCAGCGAAGGUGACCAAACUAAAGGAGAUGCUGACUCAGCGUGAUAAUGAAAUCAGUAUCCUUGUUAAAAUGUUGAAGAAGGAGAAGAAAAGGGCCCAGGAUGCUGCUGCUCAACUUGCUAGUCUCAGCAAUGGCCAGAGCCUGGCCUGCCCUCAGAGUGCCUCGAUGCCACUGUUGAGGGAAGGCAGCACAGAGACCAUCCCAGCCCCCCAUGGAGGACGAGCUAUGCAGUACAUGAAAAGAGGUCCACAGCUGUCGAUGGGAAAACAAGAGGCCUAUGAGACCUUCAUAAGGGACCAUGAGGACUAUCUGACCAUAGAAGACAACAAGAGCCUACUCAAACAGAGGUCAGCUGAGGCCAGAAGACUUGGGGAGCAACUGAAUGAAGCCAGAAACAGAAUCAAUGAGUUGAAGAAGCAGUUAGAGAUGCGGAGGAGGCAGAGGGCAGUUCAUGGUGUGAUGGGGAAUCACACAGAGGCUGAGGAGGACGUGGACUCAGUGGAAGAAAACCUGUGCAAACACAUUGAGCAAGAAAAAAAGGGUUACAAGAGCAACAUUGGCCGUCUAAAAGCACUGAGGACAGAGAUUGAGCACCUGCAGCUGUUGCUGGAGAGGGCAAAGGUCAAGCUCCAGAAGGACUUCCAUAAGUGGUGGAGCCAGGAGGCUUCCAGCAUGCAGGAGUCUGAGACAGAGGCCAGACGUCACACAGGGUCUCCAGAUGGAACCUUGCAGCCAUCUUCACCCGGCACUCCAGGAUUUGGUUCACCUGGUCUGAGCAGUACUGCGAGAGAGCACCCAGCAGGCCGACACCCAAAUCCAGACUCUUCCACCUCUUCUGUUCAACAUCUCAGAAGCUUCGGCCCCAAAAGCAAACCUCCUUUAACAGCUGUCCCAGCAUGGUAUGAUAUGUCCCUGGAUGGGAGAGCGACCGACUACGCUCCUUCAUCUGUGGAGUGGAGGGCUCUUUCUACCACCAAGCUCACGUCGUCCUCUAUCCCCCUGACCGGAGACCAGCAGACCGACGCUGACAUCCUGGCCUUUGUCAGAGCCAGGCAAAACCUCCUCAGCAGGACAGACCCACCUCAGCCGUGAUGUGAUGUGAUGUUCUGAGGAAGCAUGCAAGGACCUGAAGUUAUCAUCAUCUGACUUCUUGUUCAACCUCCACGUCUGUCAGAUGACGAGCAGCUGCACAAUUUGCAUCCAGUUGCCUUGGAGAACGAGCCUCUGCUCUGGACAAGCCAUGAUAUCUGUUAUUUCUCUCAGUCACAUCAGUGGCUUUAUUCCUCACCCUGAAUCGCAGUGAUGCCUUUUUCCACGCUGCAUAUAAAACAGCGUAGCUGGGAGAUCCAGCGUAGUGCUCCCUUCAGUACA